GUGACCGCGGUCCAUCCUAUUCGAUGACGUCGCAUUCCGGUUGUCGCAGACUUAUGUUGUUGAUACGCGGAUGUGGAUUCGCUGUGAGAUUGUAACGUUUUUUCUCGCUACGGAGACUCCGUAACGCAAGAAAUGGAGCUACUGGCCCCCAUGCGGCUCUACACCCUAUCGAAAAGACAUUUCGUCUUGGUCUUCGUGUUGUUCCUGGUCUGCUUUGCCCUAACAGUCUUCAUUGGGAUUGCAGGUCCUAAGAUUAUUUCUGAGCAAGAGCACAAUGGUGAUCAAUUACUUCUCAGAAACCUCUCUGUUAAGACUGGGCCCUUCAAUCUAGUUUCUCCACCGCUCACCACCUACAACCAGCAGCUAUGGCUAACCUGUGUAAUGCAGGCUGAACACAACGCGGGAGACUUCCAGCAGCCUUUCGAGAUCAACGUUGAGCUAAAGGGAGUGAUGCAGGACGCCAGUGUGAUGCACAUCAACAACGUGCACCAGAAAUCACGAACGCUACACUGCGGGGCUAAAUGUGAUGAGAUCAUUGUGCUCCAUCUGGGCUAUCUGAACUAUACCCAGUACCAGGUCGUGGUCACCUUCAAAGGCCUUGAAAAUAUCACAUAUAAAAUCAAUGUCAAGUUUGUGUGGAAAACGUACAAUCCCACUUUCUCGCAAGUGGAGAUCUGGUUCCGGUUUGUCUUUGUGGUGUUGACCUUUAUGGUGACGUGUAUGUUUGCACACUCACUGAGGAAGUUUUCUAUGAGGGACUGGGGCAUAGAACAGAAGUGGAUGUCUAUCCUGCUUCCUUUGCUGCUACUCUAUAAUGAUCCAUUUUUCCCGCUGUCAUUCCUGGUGAACAGCUGGUUUCCAGGGACGUUGGACACUUUCUUUCAAGCUCUGUUCCUGUGUGCCCUGCUUCUCUUCUGGCUCUGUGUUUAUCAUGGCAUCAGGGUUCAGGGUGAGAGGAAGUGUCUGACGUUCUACCUGCCUAAGCUGAUCAUUGUAGGUCUCCUGUGGCUCUCAGCGGUUACACUGGGGAUAUGGCAAACGGUUAAUGAACUCCAAGACCCUACUUAUCAGUAUAAAGUGGACAUAGGGAACUUUCAGGGCAUGAAGGUCUUCUUCCUGAUUGUAGUUGCCCUUUACAUCCUCUACCUGAUCUUCCUGAUCGUCAGGGCUUGUUCUGAACUCAAGAACAUGCCUUACUCAGAUCUCCGGCUCAGGUUUUUGACAGCGCUGACAUUUGUGGUGCUUGUUAUAAGCAUGGUCAUUCUCUACCUGAGGUUUGGUGCCAAGGCUCUCCAGGACAACUUUGUCGCUGAACUUUCUACUCAUUACCAAAACUCAGCUGAAUUUCUGUCAUUCUAUGGCCUACUCAACUUUUACUUGUACACAUUAGCAUUUGUGUAUUCUCCCUCUAAAAAUGCCCUUUAUGACUCCCAGCUGAAGGAUAAUCCUGCUUUUUCAAUGCUAAAUGACUCAGAUGAUGAAGUAAUAUAUGGAAGUGAUUAUGAAGACAUGCCUUUACAAAACGGACGCGCUAUCAAAGCAACCGCCAAGUACCAGGAUGAGAGCGACAGUGACUGAUGGGAUCUUUGACUGGCAUGUCUUCUUUUGUGUCCCUGUUGGAAACUGUGAGAAUACAUCAACCUGUCGUGUGUGUGUGUGUGUGUGUGUAAAUAAGGAGUACUCGCUUGUUAAUACGAAAUCAUAUACUGUUAAGUGUACAUAAAUAUAUUUUUUAAAAAAAAGGGUAAGUUCCAUGUCUACUGAAUGUAUUGUACUUUUACUGAAAGUUGAGGCAUGUUGCCACUCAAACUUUUUUCUUCAUUGUUUAUGCUUUCAGUCUCAUUGAAGACAAAGGAAACAAACACUGAUGUACAACAAUUUAAUUUUUGUAAACUUUUCUCAUAACCAGCGUUUAUACAAGCUGAUCGGGAAAAGUGCCAAUAUUGAUUAGGGAUUUUUUGUGUGUGACAUCAGCUAUUUUUAAUGCUUUCUGUUGAACCACUGUUGUCGCUUUAUAUUUUGUCGUUUUUGUCCAUUCCAUUCCUCUCUCUGGCGGUCUGAGCUUAAUGAGAUGGCAGAUAUGUGGCCAAAGCUGGGUAGCUUUAUACUGGCGGUUAGAAAGUAAAGGAAGCUUAUGCUGCAGCAGCCCUAAGUGCACUCCAACAGCAAAUUGUGGCUCAUCAGCACUAAAAUAAUUGAUAAACGGGGAAUUCCAGUGCCAUAGCAGUGUUGGCUGUUGACAAACUCUCUUUGUCCUCAGACAUUUAUAAAUAACAAAUAAAUAAAACAAAGGGAGCCUUAACUGGACUAGAUACCACUCCUCCUACCAAUUCUUCCCUUGGAAAGAAGCUUUGGAAUUGCACUUGAUUAAUAAUAGUAUUUAUUUUGCUGACAACAUUUGAUACUGUAUUAUCUGACUACAUGGAUGGAUGUAUUUUGAUGGAUUGUGUGGAUUUUACAAAACUUAAUGUAAAAGGACUACCGAUCUGAAACAUUUCUUAUUGCAGCACAGAGUAGUUAUAUCAUUGGCCAAAUAUAUUUUGCCUUAUGUAGAACAUUUCAUUUUGAAUAAUCAUUUUUUCUCCUGUAACUUUCCUUAUAUUGCCUACAAUGUGAGACUUGCUGCCCUCUCCUUUGUUUUUCAAGGCUGGAGCUUAUGGACAAAAACAGCCAAAACAAAUGUGCUUCUGUCCUUAACAAAUAAUCUCAACAUGUAUUCUAAUCUAGAUGGUGCCUUGUCUUUACAUAACUGUUUUCUUCUAAAUGGGCUGCAGUCUAAAAUUUGUAAAUGCUUUGACAGAAAUGUACAUUUAUUUUGUUUCAGUGUGAAUGUAGCUUAUGGUUGUUAAAUUGGGCUGUUGUGGUUCGUGAUAUGUUGGAAGUUUUUGCAAUUUUUGUUGCUUUGAGAUAAAAGCUGUACAUGUAGCACUCUGUCAUUUCACAUGUAAAUAAAGCAAGUAUACACUUAAUAAAAAAACACAACAGUUUAUUUAA